GCUAAGACUGACUGACAGCUUUUCACAAUCACACACAAACACACUAGAGGAGACUUUACCAAAAGAAACCUGAACUCUGCUGUCUUGGAAAGGAGUCAUGACCAAAGAGAUUGAGUAAGUUGACAACUUUUUCUGUGACAUGCUAUGUUUCAUGGGGUUCGAGUUGGUGUUUCAGGCUAGAAUGUGUUAUUUAAGGGGAAUGUGUUUGGACUUGUAUUAAUACAUUUGAUUGUAAACGCUUUUAACGACACCCAAAGUCACUUUACAUACAUAAGAAAAUCAGCAGGAUAAAAAUAGUUAAAAUCCCACAUUAAAAUAAGUAAGUAUAUAAAAAUACACUAAACACAAGGACAGGAAGUGAACUAGAUAGAGAAUAAAAGCUAAGACGAUAGAGAAUCCGGGUUAGCCUGUGUGAAGAGUUGUGUCUUUAGUGUGGACUUGAAUUUGUGUAUGGAUUGUGAGGUUCUGACAUGGAGAGGGAGGGAGUUCCAGAGUUGCACUGCUAAAAGCCCGGUGCGAGGGAUGGUGAGGAGGCCAGUGUCAGAGGAGCGCAGUGAACAGGUGGGAGUGUAGGGGUGGAGGAGGUCAGUAUGGUAUGUGGGCGCCAGUCCAUUGAGUGCUUUGUAGGUGAGCAUGAGCAAUUUGAAUGUGAUCUUGAUGUGAACUGGGAACCAGUGGAGUUGAGGGUGAUGUGGUACCAAGGUCUGGUGUGGUGUGAUGCUGAAUUUUGAUAUGUUGAAGUCUGUCCUGUGUUUUGGCGGGGAGUCCGUAGAGAAUGGCGUUGCAAAAGUGUACAUGAGGGUUUCAACAGUGGGGUCAAUGAGAGAGGGUCUGAGUCGUGAGAUGUUUUUGAGGUGGAAGAAGGCUGACUUGGUGGUGUUCCGAAUGUGGGAUUGAAAUGACAGAGUGUGGUCAAAUAUAACACCAAGAUUCCUGACUGUGGAGUUGGAGUGGAUGGUGCAGCCAUUGUCAUGUUGAGUUGACCCAGUUUCCUGAUGAGGGAGUUGUGGUUCCAUGAGCAUGAUUUCUGUUUUGUCGUCGUUUAGUUUUAAAAACUUGCUCAUCCAAGUUUUCAUUUCACGGAGACAGUCAACAACAGAGGGGGGAUGUAGUGGAGUUCUUUUCUGCUGAGUGCCAGAAUAGAAAAUGAUGCAAGCGUUGACUUGUUUAAUCAUCUUCUGUUGUACAGUAGUGUGAGUCAGUUAGACUUCCAGAGAGAGGGUGAGAAAUCAGGCACUCAGGCCCCCAUUCUCUCUCUCUCUCUACAUUGUGUAAUGAGACCCCCAUGUGAAAGGUGUGUUUUUAGAAAAGUGUGUGUCGGGUUUCUCCAUGUUAUAUUUUACUCUCUCUCUCUCUCUCUCUCUCUCUCUCUCUCUCUCUCUCUCUCUCUCUCUCUCUCUCUCUCUCUCUCGUCCCUCCACUAUGCUGUGAAUUUAAAGCCGACUCAUGAUUUAAACUGGCCUGUCAUAGGCUGUGUUGACACUAACCCAGGGGGUACAACACACAAUGGGGAAAGAGAAACCGGUAUCCCCCGAAUGUGUUAGAGGGGCUGGUUAAUAACAACGUGUAAUGCAUUGAAUUACAUAACAGUGUAGUGGUGAAACUCUAGACCGGGAUUCUCUAUUGUAACAUCUGUAUUGGGAUUCUCUAUUGAAUUACUAAAUCCUUCACUGUAAUGCCCCUUUCUGAAUGGGAAGCCUACCAUUUUGAUCUGUAAUAAAUCUAUAAUGUAAGUUUAUUAAUGUGAUGUUUCUCCUGGUCUGUUUGCUGCAGGACUCUGGGACUGGUCCUUCAGAACGAGAGCUUCAACUACCAGCGCUACAAUAACUACAUCAUGGACUCCUGGGCCUACACAGACAGCCUACUCACAUACGACCAGUGCAAGGUAACUGUGUGUGUGUCUGUGUGUUAUGCCUCCUGUUUAAGUUCAACUCUGAGUCCUAUUUAUAGGUAUUGUGCUGUAUCAAUACUCACGGUUGUUGUUUUACUUUUCACAGACACCCAAAGAACAGAAAAUGGUUGCAUGCAGCCGAGGCAGCAGUAUGUACAAGCCAUCAGAGAGGUAAGAUUGACAUCGGAGCAAUUGUUAACACUACCAAGAGCAUGGACUUGAUUGAGAUAGCCACCUGUCAAUCUAGGGAGAGAGGCAGACACUAAAGGGGUGUGCUUAUGGGAACGAGAAGGGGGUAAAGGGAUUUUAGGUGGUUGCCGGGUGGUAUUAAGAGUUCCCAUGUCAUGAAGUCAAGCCCAUUGACAUGGAGUCAAGCGGUAGAGGCAGGGCUUUGGUGAGGUUAGAGUUGGGUGAGCUGGUGGCUAAUCCCCAUGUCAAACAGAGCCCCAAGGGAUUAUGGGCUGUGGUACACCUCCUCCUCCUAUUCAUCAUCCUCCUCCCCCCCCCCGAACAACACUCUGACUCACAAAGGAGGAGAAGCAGCCCCAGCUCUGCCGCUCUCUCACCCUCUCUUUUGUCUGGGUUGAAAAAUGGCCGUCGGUGGGGCAUGCUGUUGUCCCGUCAAACACAGCAGCCAGUCCAACAGAGAAACUCAUAUAAGGAGAGAAAACAUUUCGGGAUUAGGCGGUAAACAGUUCCUGCCCAGCUCUGUUUAGUUCACUUUCAGUAGCACUGUGUGCUCAGUGGACUCUGAGAACUAAACUGGCUUUAUUCAUGUUUUAUUGACUUUGACACAUUUUUUGUACAGUCUUUAAUUGUGUGCUGCUGUAUGUGCUACUGUAUAAAAGAGCUGGAGUUUAUUUGAAGGAAGGGCAGUACUAUUGACAAUCGGUGUUUCUCACAAGAGUACAUGACAACCCCAUUGAUUUUAUUGAGUGUCAAUCAAAGGGGUGGUCAAAUUGGGUUGGUCCUGUAUCUCAACUCCUCCCCCUCCCCCCAAUCCAGGACUAUGAUUGGCUCCUCCCCCGAGCUGGUCUCCCUGGAGACGCCAGCCAACAUUAUGAAGCUGCUGUCCGAGAACAUUUCCUCCAGCCACCCCCAGGAGGCGCUGGAGCUGAACAGCAAGCUUAUAUCCCUCUGUCCCCCCUCUGUCCCCCAAAACCCUCUCCCCCUCACCCCCAGUGCCGACACCUAUGACAAGCAGGUCAUCAACAACAUCUUCGACUCCUUGCUCUCCCAGAAGUGGCCCGCAGAGACAGCCUUCCCUGAGGCCACUACUGAGGUAAGUUUACAGCCCCAAGAAGAGCAGCCAUCUUUUUUUUUUGUCUACAUCACAACUGGUGUUGUCGUUUGUACAUUUUCAUCUCUGGCAACGUCUCAUCUCCCCUUCACUUCUAGUUGCCCUCCCUCCAUCUCUCUCUUUCUUUUUCUACUUUUCAUAUUCCAUCUUCUCAUCACUUUUUUUCUUGUGUUGCCCUGAAACAGGCUCUACCCUACAGCGAUCCCUUUGCCGAGCAGCACAGCCCAGUCUACUCUGACUCUUACACCAAAUCCCCUCCAGAGAGAUACAGGUAGCUAUUUGCCCCGGGAAUCAGAUCAAAUUAGAACACCUGUGUGAUGACUUCAAAGUCAUCAUGUCAGCUUGAACACUGAACUACGCCCAGUAUCGCUAAUGCUUAUUAGGCUAAAGAUAAUUAAUAUAAUUGAGCUGUGUAUAACUCAUAAAGCAAUGGCGGUAAAAUUCCAAUGGCAAAGCAAAGCAUAAUGCUGGCCAUUAACAUUCUUCUCUGUUAUUUUCUGUCUCCAGGAAUGAUUUCCAGUUCAUUCUGGGAGCCCCUCAAGCCACCCAGCACAAGUCAUCCGAGCUGCCCAUGGUUUACCUCAACAAGGGCCAGUUCUACCCCAUCUCCCUUCAAGGGGUGGACAGCUCAGCCAGCCUGAUCUCCAACAAAGUCAAGGUAAGUCAAGCUUUGAUGACAUCACCCAAUAACAUUUCCUUUACCCAUAGGAUGUUCUGUCUGACACAACCCCAGUGAAUGUCUGUUCCUUAGGAAUCUCCCGAAAAAAAUUAUCUUGGUUCUCCAUUGUUGACUAUCUGAACAAAGUCGUGGUGGAUCGGGGUGGGAAACUUGUUCUCUCGCCCUGUGAUGAGCUGUUUCGGUUUUGGAGUUCCGCCAGGCUCAGUUCUCGGGCCAUUGCAUAUUUCGACUGGUGUCUGGCGGGGCCAAACCCAAUGCAUGUCAGCCAGUUAGUCAGGCCCUGAGUCCUUAGUGACUAAGUCAGAAGGAGAACAGGGGGAGAGGUGUGGUGCCAAAGGGCUGGGUGACAACACUCUCUUUUGUCAAGUGAAAAGAGAGCACACACACAAGCCCUGCUAAUAGCUGGUGAUAAUGGCAGGAGAGAAUUGGGGAUUUAAAAUGAUGAAUGCAGGGGCUGAUGUCUGAAUGAAACGUGCCCAGUUGCGUGCCUUUCUCAAAGUCGACGACACACCCACAAAUACGUAUAACCUACACAAAAUGUACCUUGUCUGAUGGCCCUUCUCUCUCUCUCUCUCUCUCUCUCUCUCUCUCUCUCUCUCUCUCUCUCUCUCUCUCUCUCUUUCUUUCUUUCUUUCUUUCUUUCUUUCUUUUAUGGUUCUCUUUCUCCAGACGGUGGUCAUGGCGGUGUUUGAGAACGACAAGAGCGCAGAGAUCCAGCUGAGGUGCUGGAAUCACUGGCACGCACGGCAGCCGACCGUUAAGCAGAGGGUCAUUGACAUCGGUAUGGCACCACAGCUUUGACCGUCUACACACAAACACAUGCAUAGUAUAGAAACAGACAGUGACAUGAAUUUCCCGUUGUCUUCUCUGAAGAAUGUCAUGGAGAAAUGCCAUAGGUCAACAUCUACAACAACAAAUGCCAAUGACUGGAAGAUUUUUUAUCAGUUGUUGUUUUUGUUGUUGCUUUUCGUAAGCCUGUGUCUUUUCAGAACAGAUAACCGCUUCAAUGAAAGACAAUCACUAUUCCAAUCGUUCCAGAAAUGUUUUUCUGAACUAAAUCAAUAAUAUCUUUCUAUUUAUCUUCUAGCUGACUACAAAGAGGUCUUCAGUGGCAUCAGCCACGUGGAAGAGGUGGCCUUCAACGCUCUGUCCUUCAUCUGGAACCCCAAUGAGGAUGCUAAGGUAAGAGCAGUGAGGAAACUGGAGCAGCAGUGGAAAACACGCACACUGGCACACACACAGAUAAAGUCGUAACGCUUGGCGCACCCCUAUUAUUUACCUAGCCACGCUACCCAUUGAGCUGAAAUGGGGCGAUGAAGGAGCGCUGAGGGUUGGGAGGGGAGGAAUCCCUGGCAUGUGGCUGCCCCGGUGCGCCUGUCACCACAAGGCAAGAGCGUCACGUCGAGAGCGCUUACUGCAAUCUGCUCACUGCCCCCCAGGGCAUAGGGGUGGGGCAACAAAACUCACUGCAGGAGAGGGAGAGAAAAAGAGGGAACGAGAAAGAGAGAGAGAAGGGAAAGGACGGGUUGGAAGGAAUGAGAGAGAAAAGCUCCUUUUAAUUAACACCUGUUGUCACAAGCAUCCCUUUCCACUCCAGGCCCCUCACAAUAGUCUGUUCAAAUCAGUGCCUCUCAUAUCCUAAAACCUUACCAAGACACAACCAGUGGAAACAUUCUAGACUUUUCUGCUAUACUGUACGUCUGUACAUUUGUCCACAUUGGAGGGGGUUGCCAAUCCAGAAAGGAGUCAUUACACCACGUGUCCAUAGACUCCUAGUGUUUGUUUUGUAAAAAAUUAAUCUGUAGAACAAUUGCGAAUUGUGUCAACGCUUUAUUGAUUUUUAAGGUUCCAAUUACUGUGCAAGGAGCUUUAACCUUUUACUGCAGUGGGCUAAAUCAGGGUCACACAGUGUUUCUUGGUAGUCUUAAACACAUUUACAAUGAAACUAAAGUAUACACCUCAAACAUGGUUAUGGGCUUACAAAAAAGAAGACACCUGUACCAUGUCAGAUAUAGAGUGGAAAUGUAUUCAAUGUUGAGUUUGUGUGCCAAUAUUACACUUUAUAGUCAUCAGAGAAGACUGAAAUAUAACAAAACCGUUUGAUUUUCUGCUGCUUUUUUUAAAUGAUGUUUUAUGAAAUUAUAAAGAAUAUUAAUAACAUUUCACCCAUGAGGCCACUAGGCCAUUUGACUGCAGGAAAGCACUACAGGGCAGCAAAACAGUUCUAGAAAGUUCUCCAAUUCAACUGUUGUCUGAUAUCCUGUUAACCCUCUUCUUCUCUCUUCUCCAGGUGUACAUUGGCAUUAACUCUCUGAGCACAGACUUCUCCUCUCAGAAGGGAGUGAAGGGGCUUCCUCUCAACCUCCAGAUCGACACCUAUGAUUUCAGCACCGGCACCAACCGCCUCAUCCACAGAGCGGCCUGCCAGGUCAAAAUCUUCUGCGAUAAGGUCAGUAAAGAUCUCUAUCCACAGUGCUAGCUAGGCUAACUCAUACAUGACAUAAAAACGGAUUUAUUUGUUUUUUUGUUUGUUUUCAAAGAAAUGCACCUGUUGUAUGGACGACUCAUUAGUUAAAUGACGGGUAAAAGUGUCAGAGUAGAGUUGUGACCAUGUAUGUCUGUAUCUUUCUCCUCAGGGUGCAGAGAGGAAGAUGAGGGAUGAGGAGAGGAAGAGGAGCAAGAGGAGGGUCAAGACAGUCAUCGACUCAAGCAACAGUAAGUGUACCUCAGGCUCUUAUUACUAAAAUAAUGACAACCUACAUCCACCAACAAACACUAACCCAAUGACGGAUGUAAACCCAGGGGACAUCUUACACCAAUACAUCAUGUUGUGUGUCAGCACAUGCAAAUAAGUCAUUUAAUUACAGUUUGGGUAUCUUUCAUCAAUUUGUUUUUAUCAUGAAGCUUGGCCUUCCCAAGUCCAACUCAACUCCAUUACGUGACUGAAAAUGUACUUUGAUUAGAUCAGCAGUGGAACCAGACACUAACCUAAGCAGGAAAUAAAUCCUGCAUUUUCAGUCUGUGUUUGUAAUUUAACACCUCAUGGGUUUCUAACAAAAUUAUAAUUUUGGGAUUUAGUCCCAUUUGUAUGAAUAAUGGCCUAUUCUUUCUUAAAGAGAAGAAUUCAGUAUCACAGCUAGUGGUGCAUUAUAAUGUCAUGGAGCCAGUUUCCUAGACUCAGGUAAACCCUACUCCUAGACUAAAGAGCCACCCGGAAAACCAGCUCUUUAUAUCUUAGGCCAGUCUAUAAUGCCAAUUCUAACCCAGUGUGCUCCUCUCCCUCCUCAGCCAACAAGUCAGUAGUGUCCAGCUCAAUGGGAAGUGACAGCACCUUCUUCAAAACCCUGGAGGACCACGUCACCAACCCUGUCCUCUUCAUCCCAGAGAUACACCUCUCCAACAUGCAGCGCUGCGGCCUGGUAGGUUCCCCCCAUCCCUUAUCCACUCUCCCCCUUUAUUUUCCUUCCUUUCUUCUCUCUCUCUCUUUCUGGGAUUGAGGGAUCUUGGAGUUCACCACCACAACAGUGAGUUGAGUCAUGUUCCCUGCUAUCCCUGGACUGUAGCUCCAGGCUGUGGCGCACAGAGGGGAAAAAAGGGAUAGUGUGGGAAAAAAUGUUGUGGGAAAAACUGCUGUGGGAAAAGUGGGUUGGGAUGGGGAGAGUGUCAGGGAGAGUGAGGAGAGACAGACGCCGAGAUCAGACGAUCUAAUUGGUGGGCCGUUCAGUUUCCUCGACUCGAAACUCGACUCAAGUGUGACUGACACACGGAUUAACCUGCGGGGGCUGAGACAAAGACACACACACACACCUGGCAUACACACACACACAAGCCCUCCUUUUCAGUGUUGUUGACACAAGCCAGUGGAGGUGGUAAGGGCUGCUGUUCUGACAGGCCUUUAGUUCCCACAGUCUGGGCUUUAAGAAGUGGGGAGGGAGAGAGUGUGUGUGUGUGUGUGCUCAGUCUGCCUAAUAAGGUCUGCAUGCUAGCCCAUUACAGCAUUAUUUCCCUAGUGUUAAUGAACACACACUUACUAGACAGAACAUAGAGUGCAUACAUUUUCACGGCUUUAAGAGAGAAAAGUAAGGUAGAGAUGAGACCUAAUUUUAGGCUAAAGGGGAAGGGGGUAACUUGCAUUUUGGAGGUGGGGGGAUUUUCAAGACUUGAGUACCAUAAAUCAUUCCAUCUGUCAAAGAUAAUAUGUCUUAGAUAACUUUUGUAGAAAAGUUCAGCAUCUUUAGAGCGGAGAGACAUUAACAUUAUCUCGACUAGUAAAAUAGUCUGGAAAUGUUCUGUCCUAUAAUAUACAAUGUGACUCACUGACAGGUUGUGAAACGAACAUCUCUGAUCAUUUAGAUAGACAGGUCUGGAACCUUUUUAUCUAUCUGCAUCUGUUUCACCAUUCAUGUGCAUAUCUACAGAUUCAUGAUAAUAACAUUCCUACUCAUGGCUGUUACAACCAUACAAUGACUGGGAUGGGAAAUUAAGCAAUAAAUGAUACGGAGGAUUUGUACCUAAUCAUUUUACUUGUCUCCUUUUCUUUGUGUAGGCACCCCCCACAACAUUGGAGGAGGUUGAAAAGAGCUCACUGAAGAGACCGUACCCAGAUAGACUGGAACAGAGCAGUGGUAGCCCACCACCAAGCAAGCAGGCCAGAUGCGAGGAGCAACAGAGAGGUAAAGAAGAAUUCUUGAAUUGAAAAUACAGUGCACUUCCUAAAUUGACUGAAUUGAAAUGGAAUUGGCCAAACCCAAGCCUGUUGUACAGAUAAUACAUACAGUAUGAGGCAAAGAAUAAUGAGUGGUCAAUAUGCAAAACAAAGCAAUGCUGUGGUCCUUGUCUGGCACACACACAACCUGAAGUAUUCUGUUUUCUUGUUUUGCAGUGCUCCUGUACGUGAGAACAGAGUCAGAGGAAGUGUUUGAUGCGCUCAUGCUCAGCAGCCCAACCCUGAAAGGCCUAAGACAAACGGUAGGUAGUACAUUCAUGGUACUUAUUCCUUCCUUACCCAACCUUGUGUUGUCAUCCUCCAAGCAUCUCAUCCAUCAAGCAGGAGAAGAUACUGUAGAGUUGACAGUGACACUCAUCUUUCGUUUGAUCCUUUCUCAGAUUUCUGAAAAGUAUGGCAUGCAACAGGACACCAUUGGGAAAAUCUACAAGAAAUGCAAAAGAGGGUAAGUUAAUUUCUAAGCCAAGGCCUUGCAUUGAUCUGUGUUUUUUUUAUUUUUAUUUUACAUCAGGAGGAAUAAGUGUUAGCAUUAGCUAUGCUACAUAAUUAGCAAUAGUAUUAGCAUGUAACAUUAGCAAGAUACAGUAAGUUGAAGGGAAAUUGUUCGGAUUUGAUUAAAAGAAAACUCCACCCAAAAACUCUCUUUUGAUAUUUGUUUCAUUUGUCUAUUGUUGACAUAUCCCAAAAAGUUUUGCUUGUCAGCAAUCAAGUUUAAGAUACACUAUAUAUACAAAAGUAUGUGGACACCCCUUCAAAUUAGUGGAUUAGGCUAUUUCAGCCACACCCGUUGCUGACAGGUGUAUAAAAUCGAGCACACCGCCAUACAAUCUCCAUAGACAAACAUUGUCAGUAGAAUGGCCAUACUGAAGAGCUCAGUGACUUUCAAUGUGGUAUCGUCAUAGGAUGCCACCUUUCCAACAAGUCAGUUUGUCAAAUUUCUGCCCUGCUAGAGCUGGCCUGGUCAACUGUAAGUGCUGUUAUUGUGAAGUGGAAACGUUUAAGAGCAACAAUGUCUCAGCCGUGAAUUGGUAGGCCACACAAGCUCACAGAACGGGACUGCCGAGUGCUGAAGCACGUAGCGCAUAAAAAUCGUCUGUCCUCGAUUGCAACACCUCACUACGAGUUCCAAACUGCCUCUGGAAACGACAUCAGCACAAUAACUUUUCGUUGGGAGCUUCAUGAAAUGGGUUUCCAUGGCCGAGCAGCCGUGCACAAGCCUAAGAUCACCAUGCGCAAUGCCAAGCAUUGGCUUGAGUGAUGUAAAGCUCGCUGCCAUUGGACUCUGGAGCAGUGGAAACGCGUUCUCUGGUGUGAUAAAUCAUGCUUCACCAUCUGGCAGUCCAACGGACGAAUCUGGGUUUGGCGGAUGCCAGGAGAACGCUACCUGCCCGAAUGCAUAGUUCCAACUGUAAAGUUUGGUGGAGGAUGAAUAAUGGCCUGGUGUUGUUUUUCAUGGUUCGGGCUAGAUACCUUAGUUCCAGUGAAGGGAAAUGUUAAUGCUACAACGUACAAUGACAUUCUAGACGAUUCUGUGCUUUCAACUUUGUGGCAACAGUUUGGGGAAGACCCUUUCUCUUUCCUGCAAAAUGCAUCGUACUUGAUUGCUGACAAGCAAAACUUGUCAGCUAGGUUGAAUCUUGGUUUAAUUUUGGUCAGUCUUUCCUCAGUAAGGAAGGCAACUAAAGUUGACAGACCGGCUAGGUGAGCUAGCUAGCUCUGUCUCCUGGAAUGUGAUAAUUGCAGCUCUUCCAAAAAACACAGGACAGAAAGAUUUGGAUGGAUGUGUCACCCUAUUCUUUUACUUUACUGUAUUUAUGUUCCUCUAAUCUGAUCUACACCAAGAAGUGUUGUGGUCUAUUUACUUUGUAGAGUGAAAAGAGAUAGAUACUAUGAUAGACAAGGGUUUUUUAUUGAGGCAGAGGGUGGCACCUUAUUGCGCAACAAUGUGGAGGCCAGGUGGUUGACAUUGAAUAGGACUAGCCUUUGAGGAAGAUCUGGUAUCCCUAUUGGCAGCAUGUCAACCAUGAAAUUAAAUAAUAGUGGCCAUUUUGUUUUCAAUGCUUGAGCCAUAGGCCGUGUCCGAAAUCGGUCUUGCCAAAUACUUCCUAAAAUAUCGUACUACAUACUAUUUAGAAUGUACUGUUUAGUAAAAACGAAUCAACAAAUAUCAACAUACUAGGCUCACCUAUUCUGAGAACCUGUCAUCUAAUGUGAAGUUGCGUUGAUUCCCGCCAUUCAUUUGGGUACAGCGCGUCCGCUUAUCUCAUUAUCAGCUGAUUAUCAGCUGUUGUCAAACACACAAGUUUGGAAAGACCAUUCUCUUACUUAAUAGUGUACAGCGAGUUAUACUAGAUGAGAAGCCUAAAUGAGUAUAGCAUCCUGGCAUUUAAAACUGCAAUAUUUAACUUUUUUGGCAACCUGACCAAAUUCACAUAGAAAUUUCACAUACUAUAAAACAUACUAUUUUCGCAUACCUAAAAUGCCUAUUAUUUAGAACGCAAGUAGGCGUAUUUGGACACGGCCAUAGUCUUUGGAAAAAAAUUCUAUACUCUUCUAAUUUUACAGUGUACAUUGAAGUUCUUUACGUUUACUGUAUAGAUGACAUUUCCCUAAGCUUCAGAUCCACCACUAAGCAGUAAAGUAUGCCUGUAGUAUGUGUCUUCACACAAUAAUUCAUAUCAAUGAAGAUGUGUAACUAACAUGUUCAGAGGCAGUCAUCUGUUGAAGCUGACUAGAUGGAGUAGAUCGCUGUCACCUAGAAUGUCGUGAGGUUAUUCUGGCACACUGCCUGAAAGGCUCUAAUAACUUUAACUGAAGUUGAGUAUGCCCUGGGGGUUUGAAUGGAGAACCCAACAGGUUAUGUAGCAGUCUCAUUCCGCUUAUAGUCUUCAAUCAGUCCCUUCCCUCCGGGUAGCGUGAGCAGGCUGUUCGCUUGAUUAUCAACAGAGCUUUACUUACCGUAAAGACAGCUUGCCCUAUGGGAAAAUUAGUCUGGCCUGAUUAAUUGUCUGCAGUGUUGAGAGAUUUGGAGGCUUCUCACUCUUUUGUUUCGUGACUACAAAAUGUAUCAGCCAGACAGCAGAAAACAGGUAAUUUACAUAACAUGUAGCCUGGACAAGACAUUAAUCUGUUAUUUGUCUGUUGUUUAUUUUUCAGGAUAUUCGUCAACAUGGAUGACAACAUUAUUGAACACUACAGCAACCAUUCGGCAUUCCUCAUAGAGAUCUCUGAAAUCAUGGGCGGUCAGUUCCAGGUCACUCUCAUGGAGUUAUGAAGAGAGGGAGAGGACAUUUUUGAUGUUCGGCCCACCCCAUUGCAAGGUGUAGCCAAUCAAACUGCCUGCCGAUUUCAACCCUUUAAGCAUUACUCUGUGAGAGACUAUUGGCUAGGCCAAGAGGGCAAAGACCAAUGGGGCCAAAGAAGACACAAGCUACACCCACCAUCAGUACAACCAUCGAACCGACUUCAGACCAAGUGCUUUAUAGCGAUGCCAGUCACUGCCUUUGUAAAUACCAUUUAACCCCCUUCUGAUUUUUUACUGUGGUAUAUAUUUUAUAACAGAGCAAUUAUGAUGAAUUAUGCUGUAAAUAUUUAAUGUAAAUAGAAAUUAAUGACAUAUGAGUUGUCUCUUUGAGGAGACAUACAGCGAUACCAUAACCCAUUUUCCAAAAGCUAUGUAUUUCCAUUUCAUGUAUGUUGUCAACUUUUUCAAAGACUGCCAUUCUUGCUGCUUGUCAUGUACUUAUCAUUUCUUCCAAGGGAUCUCAAGUAAUGGGAAUGAUGCCAUUGUGUGGGAUUAUAUAUGUUUUUCGCUAUAUUACAGAUGUAGGAUCUUACUUUGAGCCAGUUUAGUACAGCAGGAAAAUAAUCCUGCAGCAACAGGGAAUGUGAAUUAUUAUGUGGAUUAUAAUUAAUGGACAUUUUUGUAGGGGUUGAUACAUUUUGCGUAGGGGAAAGUCAAGUGAAAUCUCAAAGUGGAAAUGACUAACUUCAAAAGCCUUUUUAAACCUCAAAUACACUAUGAGUUUUAAAUGUCCUGCAUUG